AUGUCAAACUUAAUCGAUGCAUAUAUCGAAAAUCAGUCUAAUAUAAAUUAUGAAAUUUCUCGUUCUGUUCAAUUAUGGUUAUAUCUUAUUUCAAAUAUAUUAUCAAUAUUAUGUUGUUGUUUUGUUCUAUUUUAUCUUUUAAUUGAUCGAACUCUUCGUACUGAACUUCACAAUCAUGUUAUUAUUGUUCUUCUUUUCAUAUGUUUAUUUUAUGAAUCAAUUUGUAUUCCAUUUAUCGUUUAUAAUUAUUAUUUUGAUACAUCUUGGGAAACAAGAUCAAUAUCAUAUAGAUUUUGGUCAUCUAUUGAUAUUGUAUUAAAUCGAAGUCAAUUGAUAAUUCUUGCUUGGGCUACUAUUGAAAGACAUAUACUUAUAUUUCAUGGUCAUUGGCUAUUAACAAAAGAAAAACGUUUUUAUAUUCAUUAUCUUCCGAUAAUAAUAUUGAUUGUCUAUUGUCUUGUUUGGUAUUGUCUCUUUAUUUUAUUUUCAUCUUGUUUCAACAUAAAUAAUCAAUCGAAUUCUAAUGUUAUUUCUUAUCUUUGUAUGUUAAAUCAUCGAAAUAUUAAACAUUUCGAUCUUAUAUGUCAUCAAAUCAUUCCAUCAUUCAUUAUUAUUAUUCUUAGUAUAGUUCUUUUACUGCGUGUUCGAUGGCAAAAAACUUCCUUUUAUCAAUCUGCUGAUUGGACAAAACAACGAAGAAUGAUAGUUCAAAUAUUAUCGAUUUCAAUGCUUUAUUUUUUAUUCUAUGGUCCAUGGAUACUUGUAAUGAUUUGUGUUCAAUUUAGUUCUCUCAAAAAGAUUGCGUUAAAUAUUAUGACUUAUGCAUUUUUUUUCUCUGACUAUUUUAUAUUUCUUUUACCAUUUGUUUGUUAUGCAUCGUUACCUGAAGUUCAACUCAAAUUGAAGAAAUUAUUCUGUUAUCUAUUACAAAAACUGCAGUCUCGAUAUAAUAGAAAAUGA